UUUUUGUUUUUGAAAAUUUUUAUUUUCUUACUCUAUUUUAUGAAAAACGUGCAUUUAAGUUUAGUUUGUUCCAUAAUAAGAGUCCAAUAAUGGUGCAGUUGGAUGGGGUUUGAAAAGACCUUUCCAACGAUAUAUUAUAAGCCCAAUUCCGAUGAAUAAUGAGGAAGUUAUGGCCAAAAUACUAAACUUGGCCCAAAUCGGAUUUUACCUAUACAUAGGGUUAGGAUCACUUCUUAAGAUCAUUUUACCACAACUUGAUCAGAAGUUCUGUAAUUGGGUAUUGGAUAGUUUUGAGGAGAGCAGUCAGAAUUUUGAAUUGCCAAAGAAUGAAAAAUUCAAGUUGAGGUAGAGGAUGUGAGGGUUGUUUAUGGCUUGCCUACAGGAGAAAUUCCAAUUGCUGAGGCAAAGUCUGAUAAAGUAAUUUACAGAUUGUAAAUGGAUACAUACAUGAUAAAUUCAAGAACAAUAGACCACCAAGUGAACAUUUCAUAACCAAUUUUUUAGCAGUUGCUGUGAACUGCAUGAUGAAUUGCAUAUCAAACAAUCAAUGUCACUUCAAGUUUCUUUUUUCAAUGAUGGACAAAGAAAAAAUAAGAAAUUUAAAUUGGUGUUAGUAUGUGUUUGAUUCACUAAUCAAAAGUCAUGUUGAUUGGAGAAAGCAGAAAGGAAAGGGGUUCUACAAAGGCCCUCUGCAAUUUUUUAUGCUGUUUUAUUUUGAUAGGGUUCAAAGGUUAGACAAAAGGCCUCCAAGAACAUUCUCCAUUAUAUCUGUUUGGAACAGACACAUGGUUCUUGAGAGGUUGAAAAUAGAGUAUGAACUAGGGUUUGGUAGAGGUAAAAUCUUACCUAGAAUUGCUGUACAAGUGGAAGAAAGUCCAGAGGUUUUCAUGAAUGAUUUUGUUAGCCUAGUGAAAGAGACAAGUACAAACCUUUCAAGACUUUCUGGAAAAUUGAUGAAGGCAAAGGAAAUAUUUCCAGAAAAUCAUUUGGUUAGAAAGGUUGAUGAAGUUUUAGGAAGAAUGGCUACAAGGGAGCAAUCAACUCUAAGCCAAGAUGAAGAGUUCUAUGAAUCAGAGGAGUUCCUAAAUGCAAUUGCUCAAAUUGAAAAAGAUCUCAUGGAAGCAGCUAAUUUUAUCAAAACUACAAACUGGAAGGAGAAUUAUGAUGUACGAAAAGCAUUCACUUUACAUUUAACUCCACCAUCUCCAGCCAUUGGUACAGGUUCUACAUCUACAACAAAGGCAUUGAUUCUUGAACCCCCAAUUCAAGCAUCUACUUCAGCAUCAAUUGGAAAGGCCGAUGAAAAAAAAUAUAUUCCAGAAGAAAAAAAUGUAGCCUCUGGUACAAAAGAAGCUGAAAAGGCUGUGAAAGAAAGUUCAAAUUCAGGAGAAAAAAAAUGUAGUCUCUGCUACAAAAACAUCUGAAAAGGUUGUUGAAGAAAGUUCAGCCUCAAAAGAAAGAAACGUAGCCUCUGGUACAAAAACAGCAGAAAAGGCUAAUGAAGGAAGUUCAGCUUCAGGUGAUCCACAGAAGGGUUAUUCUACAACACCUCCUCAUGGUAUUGAUUUGGAAUUGAGCACAGGAGGAAAAAAUGAAGAAUCUGAAAAAGACAAACAAGGAGGACAGGGGUAAUAUGAAUACCUCACCAUAAACUUCAAGAUGUAUUCAGUGGCUAUGUAUCUUUAAAAUAAUUUAAAUUUGUAAUUAGUAAGACUGGUCUUUUAUUUUACUAGGAAGAAGUACUGUUUAUUUUUCUAAGAACAAUUUGUGUUAUGGUAAUUUAUUUUGCUAAGAACAAUUUGUGUUAUGGUAA